AUUUCUAUUAAAGCUCUCCCUCGCCAAAAGGCUCCGUCUUUCUCUGUUGUUAUAUUUCUGUGUUCAGUGUUCAAUUUCGUAGAAUCCAUUUGAUUGAUUAAGCUCAAGCUGUUCGAUUUCCUUAUGGAUUUGCCUACAUCAUGGGAUGCCCUAAGGAAACAGGCAAGGAAACUUGAAGCACAAUUAGAUGAGCAUAUGAACUCUUACCGUAGAUUGGUUUCUACUAAAGACGAUGGUACACAAACUGAACUUGACUCUGCAAUUGAUCGCUUACUUAAACAGCUUAAGCAAGUCAAUACACAGAUGCAGUCUUGGGUAUCCUCGGGGGGGUUAGAAACAUAUUCUCAUACAUUGACUCGACAUCAAGAGAUUUUAGAAGACCUUAAUCAAGAGUUUUAUCGUCUCCGCUCUAGCAUUAGAGCUAAACAAGAGCAUGCCUCAUUGCUUGAAGAUUUCAGGGAAUUUGAUCGUACUAGGCUAGAUUUGGAAGAUGGUGGUGGUUCUCAAGAACAGGCUCUUCUUAAAGAACAUGCUUCCAUCAGCAAAAAUACAGGACAGAUGGAUACGGUGAUUUCCCAAGCGCAAGCCACACUUGGAUCACUUGUAUCACAACGCUCAACAUUUGGGGGAAUCACUUCAAAGAUAGGCAAUAUUAGCAGCCGUCUACCGACGGUAAAUCAUAUUCUUUCGUCGAUAAAGAGAAAGAAAUCGAUGGAUACUAUAAUUCUUUCCCUGGUUGCAUCUGUGUGCACAUUUCUUAUUCUAGUUUACUGGUUUACCAAGUGAUGGAAAGGGUAAAAUGAAUGUCAACUGGACUUUUUUCUUUUGGUUCUGAUAGUUCUUGUAAUUUCUUAAGUGCCUUAUUUUUGUGAUGAAAGAAAGGUCCUCCUAUAUGUAAUUCAUAUUCUUACAAAUGUACCUUAAACUGUUUAAAUUAAUGAAAAUGCUUUCGUAUUGUUACUAUA